AUUAUGUGUCUGCGCUUUUGUGAUUUCACCGGAACGAAUAGAGUCUCCGGCCGCAGCAGCGUUAAGCAGAAAGUGGUGGGGACGUCCCACCCGCAAAAAAAUCAUAAUACAAAUAAAUAUGUACAUGUGUAGUUUUGUGCAGUUUGUAUUUAUUCCCAGUUCAUAAGGUGCUUACUUCAGCUGACCAUUCUAUGAUAAUCUUCGUUUAUUUUGAUAAUAUGCCUAUUAGCCUAUUUUACUGUCAGAUCAAGUUUGAAUUCAGCUCUAAACUCAGUUAUUAUGGAUUGAUUAAAUAAUAUAAAUAUGAAGCUCAGAUACUCAACAGCAUUAGUUUUAGUGUGACAUUAAACAUUAAAGUGUCUUUUUUAGUUAUUGAUCCAUAUAUAAAUCUAUUUCUCUUUUCAUUCAUCAUCUUUUGUCUUUGUGCUGCUGCAGAAUAUUAUUCACGUCACAUUUACAUGAUUAAACGUAUUUCAGUGAAGAUUAUCAAACCAACAUCAAGUGAUUUUAAAGCUUUAAUCUGUGAAAAACUCUGUUCUUCAGGAGUGUUUGGUUUUGAAGUGAAGAGAGUGUUAGUGAAGGAGGGAGAUUCAGUCACUCUAAACUCUGAUCUUACUGAAAUGAAGGAUGAUGAUGUGAUUCAGUGGAGGUUUGAAAACACUUUAAUAGCUGAAAUCAAUGUAACGGCCGACAGAUUCACUGUAAAUGAUGAUGUUCUUGAUGGGAGAUUCAGAGACAGACUGAAGCUGGACAAUCAAACUGGAUCUCUGACCAUCACAAACAUCACAAUGAAACACACUGGAGGUUAUAGACUACAGAUCAACUCUAAGUGGUUUGAUUUCUAUCUUGUUGUUAUUGUGUCAGUGAAGGAGGGAGAUUCAGUCACUAUAAACCCUGAUCUUACUGAAAUGAAGGAUGAUGAUGUGAUUCGGUGGAGGUUUCAAUAUAAAAACACUUUAAUAGCUAAAAUCAAUGUAACGGCCGACAGAUUCACUGUAUAUGAUGAUGUUCUUGAUGGGAGAUUCAAAGACAGACUGAAGCUGGACAAUCAAACUGGAUCUCUGACCAUCACAAACAUCACAAUGAAACACGCUGGAUAUUAUAGAUUACAGAUCAACUCUAAGUGGUAUAGUUUCUAUCUUGUUGUUAUUGUGUCAGUGACGGAGGGAGAUUCAGUCACUCUAAACUCUGGUCUUACUGGAAUGAAGGAUGAUGUGAUUCAGAUUGUGUGGUCGUCUGAAAACACUUUAAUAGCUGAAAUCAAUAAACAGGAUGACAGAUUCACUGUAAAUGAUGAUGAUCUUGAUGGGAUAUUCAGAGACAGACUGAAGCUGGACAAUCAAACUGGAUCUCUGACCAUCACAAACAUCACAAUGAAACACGCUGGAGAUUAUGACUGUAUUCAGAGUCUUGGCGUUAUUUCUUAUAUUCGUCUCAUUGUCUACGCUCGUCUGCCUGUUCCUGUCAUCAGCAGUAACUCUUCACAAUGUUCUUCAUCAUCAUCAUCAUGUUCAUUGGUGUGUUCAGUGGUGAAUGUGAGUCAUGUGACUCUCUCCUGGUACAAAGGAAACAGUUCAUUGUCCAGCAUCAGUGCGUCUGAUCUCAGCAUCAGUCUCUCUCUACCUCUGGAGGUGGAAUAUCAGGAUAAAAACACCUACAGCUGUGUGCUGAACAAUCCCAUCAGCCACCAGACUCAACAUCUGGACAUCACUCAACUCUGUCACACAUGUUCAGUCCACUGUUGUGGUCCUACUGAAGCUGUGAUCCGAUUGGUCCUCUCUGCUCUGGUGGGCGUGGCUACUGUCAUUCUUGUGCUUUAUCACAUCAGAUCCAGAAGAGCUGAAGGAGAUCAAGCACAUAUUCACACAUCAGGAAGUGCUUAAAUCUGAAGCAGAACGCUGAACUUUAAAGGUUCUUCAAGUGUGUUUUUGUCAUAAUAAAUACUGAUGAUUAUUUGA